CCUCCCUCCCUCCGCCUUUCCCACGUGCCCUCCCCAACCCCGGGGCAGGUGAACCUGGCCAAUCAGAGGGGCGGGCCGCAGGUACCCGGCUUAUCUGGACGGCUAGCCCAGGAGCGCGCCCACUGCGCACCGGGUGGAUGGGGUGGGAGGCGGGCGCGCGGGUGAACCACGGGCGGGAGUGCGGCUGCCACCUCCCCAAAGCCGCCUGGCGCCACAGCCGCCGCGCCCUGCCCGGUCCAGCGCGCCCGGAUCUGCUGCUGGUUCGGGCCGUCCGCGCGCAGAGCCCGACGUGGCUCCCUGGUGUUCUCGCGCCCGGGUCACCCUGCGCGCCCGCCCUCUCCCGGCCCUGAGCCAUGUUCCAGCCCGCGGCGGCGGCCAAGCGCUGCUUCACGAUCGAGUCCCUGGUGGGCAAGGACAAUAGCCACCCGCUGGCAGAGGAGCCUCUCCGUCCCGCCGCCGCCGCCGCCGCCGCCGCCGCCGCCGCCGCCGCCGCCCUCGGAUACCCGGCCAGCGCCGCCGUCGAGGCCUUCGCUCACGGCUUCCAGGGCUCGGCCGCCGCCGGGCGUUCGCUGUACGGCGGCCCGGAACUGCUUUUCCCGGAGGCCGUGAGCCACCCGCCUGCACUGGCCGUCCACCCGCCGCAGCUGCCCCCCUCGCCGCAUCCUUUCUUCGGCCCGCAGCCGCGCGACCCGCUCAACUUCUACCCCUGGGUGCUGCGGAACCGCUUCUUUGGGCACCGCUUCCAAGGCGGCGAAGUGUCCCAGGAGAACCUGCUUUUGCAUGGGCCCUUCGCCCGGAAGCCCAAGCGCAUCCGCACCGCCUUCUCGCCCUCGCAGCUGCUGCGGCUGGAGCGCGCCUUCGAGAAGAACCACUACGUGGUGGGCGCCGAGCGCAAGCAGCUGGCCGGGAGCCUCAGCCUCUCCGAGACCCAGGUGAAGGUCUGGUUUCAAAAUAGAAGGACGAAAUAUAAAAGGCAGAAACUAGAAGAAGAGGGUCCCGAGUCGGAUCAAAAGAAAAAGGGAUCCCACCAUAUCAACCGAUGGAGGAUCGCCACCAAGCAGUCCAAUGCAGAAGACAUUGAUGUCACAUCCAAUGACUAGCAAGGGACAGGAGGGGGCGGCCACUGGCCAACAGGGCCCAAAAGGACCGUGUGGGAGAGCGAGGACCGUACAAGGACCGGGCCAUUCCCCUUCCGCCAGUGGCACCCCCUCCAUGGGGAAUCUGGGGGGGAAUGUAAGGAUGGCCUAGGGAUCACUUCUCU